AAGAGGAAAUUUUCAGGCAAAAAAUUGAGUGUCCAGUUCUGGAAUCCUCAACAUAAGAAGGAGAUCGAGCUGUUGGAACGGGUCCAGAGGAGGCUACAAAGAUGAUCCGAGGGCCGGAGCACCUCCCAUAUGAGGACAGACUGAGAGAGUUGGGGUUGUUCAGCCUGGAGAAGAGAAGGCUCCGAGGAGACCUUAGAGCAGCUUCCAGUACUGAAAGGGGCUCCAGGAAAGCUGGGGAGGGACUUUUUUAAAGGCAUGGAGUGAUAGGACGAGGUGCGAUGGGUACAAACUGGAGAGGGGCAGAUUUAGACCAGACAUAAGGAGGAAUUUCUUCAUGAUGAUGUUAGGGAGGCCCUGGCUGAGGUUGCCCAGAGCAGUGGUGGCUGCCCUAUCCCUGGAGGUGUUCAAGGCCAGGUUGGACGGGCUUGGAGCCCCUGGUCCAGUGGGAGGUGUCCCUGCCUAUGGCAGGAGGUGGAACUGGAUGGGCUUUAAGGUCCCUUCCAACCCAAACUAUUCUACGAUUCUUAUAUUGAGGAUUCCAGAACUGGAAGUAGGACUCCAGGUGGGGUCUCACAAGAGAGGAAUAGAAGGGCAGAAUCCUCCUCAACAAGCCUCAGGAGGACCAGGAGGACUCCUGGUGUGAGGAGAGAGGCUUUGGCUUCUUUGAUCAUGAGGUGACCCACCCACCCCCAGGUUUCUUACUAGGGAUGGGUCAUACUUGUCUCCAAGGGGGACUAAAGUUAUCUCUAAAAAUCUAGUUAGGCUCUUAAAUAGAGCUUUAAACUAGAUGUGAAGGGGGAAGGGGAGGAGACCAGGCUAGUUGGGAAUGAGCCUGGAAGUGGGAAACCGGCGGCUGAGAAAUGGUGUGCUGGAGAGGACCACCAGUACACCACAACAGGGCAAGUGAGGGCGAGUACAAGUGGGGACAGUAAGGAUGAAACUGGGUCUGUGGAAUUAGUUAUUCCAAGGACCAGUCAAUCGAGAAUAAACUCUCUUCCCUUUACGAGGGCUGAAGGUUCAUCAGCCCAGCUGAAGUGCAUUUACACCAAUGCACGCAGCAUGGGCAAUAAGAAGGAUGAGCUGGAAGCUGUUGUAGGGCGAGGUGACUAUGAUGUCAUUGCCAUCACAGAAACGUGGUGGGAUGACUCACAUAACUGGAGUACAGCUACGGGGGGGGUAUAAACUCUUCAGGUGGGACAGGAAGGGUAGGAAAGGAGGCGGGGUAGCCCUCUAUGUUAAAGAGUGCUUUGAUACUCUUGAACUGGAUUACGGUGAGGAUGGGAUCGAGUGCCUAUGGGUUAAAAUCAGAGGAGCCCACAAGAAGGGGGACUUUGUGAUAGGAGUCUGUUACAGACCACCCAGCCAAGAAGAAGCAGCUGAUGAGCUCUUCUAUAAACAGCUGGGGACAGUCUCUAAAUCUCUGCCUCUUGUCCUUGUGGGUGACUUUAACUUUCCGGAUGUCUGCUGGGAGUACAAUACAGCAGAAAGGAAACAGUCUAGGAGGUUCCUAGAGUGCAUGGAAGACAACUCCCUCGCACAACUGGUUAGUGAACCAACAAGGGAGGGUGCCUUCCUAGACCUGCUGUUUGUGAAUAGAGAAGGUCUUGUUGGGGAUUUGACGGUUGGAGGAUGCCUGGGAUUAAGUGAUCAUGAGAUGAUAGGGUUUUCAGUUCUAGGUGGGAUAAAGAAGGGGGUUAGCAAAACAGUCACAUUAAACUUCCAGAGGGCAGACUUUGGCCUGUUCAGAAGGUUGAUUAGCAAAGUCCUGUGGGAAACAGUCCUUCAGGGCAAGGGAGCCCAUGAGGGCUGGGCGCUCUUGAAAAGUGAAAUCCUAGCAGCUCAAGAGCAGGCCAUCCCUGUGUUCCGGAAAAGGAGCCGGCGGGGGGAAAAGCCAGCUUGGUGGAGCAGGGAGAUCUCAAGAUGUGUCAAUAAUAAGAAGAAGCUCUAUGUGCUUUGGAGGAAAGGACAGGCAUCUUGGGUGGACUACAGGGAGGAAGUGAGAUCGUGCAGGGAAAAAAUCAGGAGGGCCAAGGCCCAACUAGAAAUAAAACUCGCUAAGUCUGUGAAAGACAACAAAAAGUCUUUCUACAAAUACAUUAACAGGAAAAGGAGGAUGAGGGAGAAUAUCCAGUCUCUAUUGGAUGCAGAAGGAAUAACAGUGACAGGGGAUAAGGACAAGGCUGAGGUACUUAAUGCCUUCUUCGCCUCAGCCUUUAAUAGCAAAGAAAGUUCUUCCUUCUGUUUACAAAUCCAAGAGUUAGAGGGGCAGAAUGAGGCUCCCGUGAUCCAAGAGGAGGCGGUUAGAGACUUGCUUGCCCAGCUAGACGCCCACACGUCUAUGGGGCCGGAUGGGAUCCACCCAAGAGUAUUGAAGGAGCUGGCGGAUGUCCUUUCCAAACCCCUAUCCAUCAUCUUCCAGAGGUCCUGGCUGACUGGGGAAGUUCCACUGGACUGGAGGCUGGCUGAUGUUGUACCCAUAUACAAGAAGGGUUGCAGAGAGGAUCCGGGGAACUACAGGCCUGUCAGUCUCACCUCAGUGCCGGGGAAAGUCAUGGAACAGAAAUGCAGGGCAGGUGGGAUGCAAGGAGGACACCCCUCAAGGAUGGAAAAAUGAGCUACG